AUCUAGGAAUUAUUAAGGAAGUCAAAGAUGAUAAAUCUCGGUUUAUAGAACAUUCUUGUAUUUUUAAGUUAAUUGAAGACUGUAGAAAAUGACCCAUUCUGUGAAUCUGCUGAGACUUAGAGAACAGGAGCUUUGUGGCGGAGGGAUUUAGUUUAUUUGUUACAAAAGAUAGAUUCUAUUUUGGAUUGAGUAGAACACAUUUGGACCAUCUACAAUCUGUGAUUUGCUUCAGUUUUAAAGUCAACUUAAAAACCAUAGUUUACUGCAGAUCUACACCAUGCCAUCCCAUUACAGUCAGCAGUCCCUAACCGUCCUAGCUCUUUUUGGCGUCCUGGCUGCCAUCAUGGCGUCUCUUUCGGUCAUUUUAAUCUUCCAGGUUCAAACCACUGUGAAACAGGGGGACCACACGGCAGGAUUGGGCCCAGCUGCUGGCAAGAUUCUUCUGCCAGCCUCUGUAGUUCUGGCUGCUCUGUGUCUUGCUCUUAAUACAAGCUGCUUUCUGCUUUGCUUGCUACACUCGUACUUUACUUCGGAAGCGAUCCGAGAGGACCCUGAGUCUAGAAGGGGGGACUGGUUCCUGCUGGAUAACCGGAGUAUUCGUCAAUCUGCUGUCUGCCUGUUCUGCCUUGGGGUCUCCCUAUAUUUAGCCGCUUUGUCUUUAUAUAUGCUAAUCCUGUUUGAGAUCGAAACUGGAAUUGCCAGCUCGUGCAUCCUGACUUUGGGUUCCAUUUUUAUGAUCAUCACGGUGGGCCAUACAUUACACAAGGCAACCCAGGUUACACAUCACAGCCACGAAGAGCUGCCUAGUACUCUCUUUGAAAAUGACUCCGCUCCUAGUGGAGAUCUUAAUGACUCGGUGCCUUCCAAUGAUUUAAACAACGGCAAAGAGGUGUCUCCUGUGCGUCCUCGUCCCGAAAUCCAUCGUGAGUUUUCCUAUCCUCCAUACAUCCAGCAGCAGCAGAAACAACAGCAACAACAGCAACAACAGCUACAUCAACUACAGCAACAACAACUACACCAACAGCAGCAUCAGAAACUCCAGCCUUUUUCCCCACCACUACCCCACAUUUCCUGCGUGUUGAACCAGAGUGAUAUCACAGGCCAUAGAAACGGAGAGGAGCGUUUUAACAUACCCAGGAUACAAAGGACACUUUCUGCAGAAUCAGGGCUCAUGCAGCCAAAUUCCAAGCCAUGGAAUGGAGUAAACCAGGAACUCAGAACAAUGAUCCCAAGAAAACCAGGAGUAGUGGGAAAGGAUUCCACAUUAGUAUGAAAAGGUUACCAAAACAACAACAUCACAAAAAUAGAACAUGCCAAAGCUUCAACAGUUAGAACCCGAACAUACCGAGGAAGAUUGAUUAAGGUGUUCUGUUCUAAAAAGUGGGGCAAUCAUUAUGGAAACCAUUGGUGAAUUCUCCCCUUUUACAUUUUUGCACCACUUUUUAGAACAGAACACCUUGAUUAAUCUCCCCUAUGAGUUCUUUUCAAAAGGGGGAAAGGUUCUCUCUGCAACAAGGAAUGUCGGGUUCAAAUUCUUUAUUCUAUGUCCAGUCACACCAAUCUGCUAGCAUAAACUCUUGUUGUGGCCGCAUCUCACUGUGUGCAAGAUCCAGGAUAUUACUGGAUUCCAAAGAACCGACGAACAUAACUAGGGCACAUGAACUGGAAGAGAAAAUGAGCCACACAGCUUACAAGGAGCCAAUCACAGCAUUCUACUGGGAAGUGCCACAUAGCACUGGGAACUAAACAUAAUUUAUGUGUGCUACAGGAGAGGAGCAACGGUGGACAAUUGACACACUUUGUAAAAUCUUCAAAAUGUAAACCAAUACUCUUUUGGAAAGUAGAUAGGAGUCAGGAGCUUAGACAAAAUAUAGUUAUCUUCACUGAGAAAAUAAAGAGACAUGAUGGGGGGAAAAAAA